AUGGUUUCAAGAUUACUUGUUCAAUUUGAUUCUGCAAAUGACUGGAUUAUAAUUUUAGGAGUAUUCUUUGGAAUUUUAAUAGUUGGAUUAAUUAUAUAUAGAUUAUGUAGAAGAAAAUAAAAAUCUUAACCUAAAUACUAAAAUAAUUCGAAAAAUUUCAAAGAUAUUUCUAAGCAAGAAUAAAUUCAAGAUGAUGAAAAAUUGUAAAAUAGAAUGGAUACAUCGAUGACAAAAAAGGACUUUUUUGUAAUUGAGGAAGAGCCUGAAAAAAAAAAUGAUAAUAAUGAAAAUUAUAAUCCUGGUGAGAUUAAUGAAAGUAUCAAUUUAAGCAAUGUAUUUAAUUUGGAAGGUGAAGGUAAAUAGUAUAAAAGCAACAAGUAUGAAUAGAUUAGGCAAAAUUGA